UUCUUCAUCUUCUUCCUCAAAGGUUUUCAGACAAAGAAAACCCUAGACAACCUAGAAACAGAGAAUGGCAUCACAGAAAAGGAAACCAAAAUCCCAAAAUAUAUAACCCUAGUUACCAAAAACAGUGGUCUAUUGAUCUAAUCCAGGUAGCUCCUCCCUUUCUCGAUCCGUAGCAACACAAUCCUCCAAUAGAUUCGCCAAAUUACGCGAAUCGUUGAAACCUAGCUGAUAAUUUCUCUCAGUUUUUCGACGGGGAGACAUAGCCAAGUGUGUCGUCGGACUGAAGGCUUAGCAAGGAUGAUAUAUACGGCUAUUGACAACUUCUACUUAACGGAUGAGCAGCUGCAGAACUCCCCUUCCAGGAAGGACGGCAUAGAUGAAGCAACUGAAACUACUCUGAGAAUCUAUGGCUGCGAUCUCGUUCAAGAAAGUGGAAUUUUGCUUAAAUUACCUCAAGCUGUCGUGGCCACUGGCCAGGUCCUAUUCCAUCGCUUUUAUUGCAAGAAAUCAUUGGCUCGUUUCGAUGUGAAGAUUGUCGCAGCUAGCUGUGUUUGGCUUGCCUCAAAAUUAGAAGAAAGCCCUAGAAGAGCCAAACAAGUUAUCCUUGUUUUCCAUAGAAUGGAACGUCGAAGAGAGAACUUACCUAUAGAGCAUUUGGACCUGUUGUCAAAGAUUGCGGAAUUGAAGGCAGAAUUGAGCAAAACGGAAAGGCAUAUAUUGAAAGAGAUGGGCUUUGUUUGUCAUGUUGAACACCCUCAUAAGUUUAUAUCAAACUAUCUUGCCACCCUUGAAACCCCUCCAGAGUUGCGGCAAGAAGCAUGGAAUCUAGCAAAUGAUAGCUUGCGGACAACCUUGUGUGUUCGCUUCAAGAGUGAGGUUGUUGCUUGUGGGGUGGUGUAUGCUGCAGCUCGUAGGUUCCAAGUACCGCUUCCUGAGAAUCCACCGUGGUGGAAGGCAUUUGAUGCAGAUAAAUCUGGGAUUGAUGAGGUUUGCAGGGUUCUGGCUUGUUUGUACAGCCUUCCUAAGGCACAGUACGUCCCAGUCCUUAAAGAUGGAAAGCCAUUUACUUUUUCCACCAAGUCAGGAGAUUCACAAUCUCAGGCAAUUUCAAGGGAGGCCCCUGUAAGUAGCCCACCAGUUAAUAAUGAUACCAAUGUUUCAAAGUCAGCUCCACUUGAAACUGGUGGGUCCAAAGAAGCAAAGAUAAAGGUUGCACUUGAUAAGCUGAAGGAUUCUAAGCUAAGUGAUGAUGAAUCAAAGAGCAUGCCUGCUGAUGGGGAGGCAAGGGAAGAGCCUAGGCAAAAAUCCAAGUCCGAACAAAGGACUGAGACAAGUGGUGAUAAAAUCAAGGAGAGAGACAGGGAGAGGGACAGGGAGAGGGAGAGGGACAGAGAAAGGGAUAGAGACAGAGUGAAGUCCAGAGAUCGUGACAGAGGCAGGGAUUCUGACAGGGAACGAGAUCGCGAUGAGAUUGAAAGGGAUAGAGAUAAAGUCAAGGAUCGAAGUCAUCGUUCCAAAGACAGAGGAAGGGACUCAGGUUAUUCAGAGAAAUCAAGACACCAAUCAUCACGUGAUCGUGAUUAUCACAGUUCCUCUUACUCUUCAAGGGAGAAGGAUCGCUACAGACAUCAUUGACAUGCCUAAAACAAUUCUGAAGGUCUAGUCUGGACUUGAAGGGAAAAUAGAUGUGAAAAAUGUCCCAGAGGCAUAUCAUGUGAUGUUAUUAAAAUUACCACCCAAAUUAUGCCAGUGUCUAAAAUAGCUUAUGAUGCAAGCAUGGUAGCGAACCCCUCUUUUCACCCGCUUGCCAGUGAAUAAAAUGCUCUUAUCUCCCCGCAGUUACUUGGAGGGGACCUAAAUCUUUUGUUUCCCAUUGUAGCCCAUUUUUUAAAUGCU